AUGGACCAGUGUUCUAAUAACGCGCCAACUGGAAAAAAUGAGCCUCGAGAUUCACUCACACAGGCAUGGCAUCCGAGGCAGCGUCAUUCUCUCGUGCAUGGAAUCGUCAGAGAUACUGGACGGAGAUGGAGCUUGAUGAACGAGGAAAAAUCAAGUCUGAUUGUGGACGAAUUUGGGGAUGAAUUUCAUAGUCGAAGAUAUGUAGAGACUCCAGAGUGUGAGAAACAUAAGAAAUACCGUCGGCUCUUGGGUUGCCUUGUUUACUUGUCAACACAGCAGGAGUUACCUGGCCCAUUAAGUAACCAUGUUUUCUCAAGCGGCGCAGGAAACUUCACAGAAAACCAGCUUGUUCAUAUAGAGUCCGGUUCCCCGCCAAAGCUGUCAUCUGGAAGUCGAGGCUCUCUGGCCUGUCCUCCUGGGAGGGGAAGUGAAGCGUCCGUCGGGAACAGCGGUUACAGCGGGAGUAAUGUUGAAGAACAUGGCGGUGGCAGCUACGACUGUCACAAGUCACAUUCUGGCCUCUUUCUUGGGCUCGUGCUUUUCCUGGCCACGUUCGUGGCGAUGGCAAUUUUCUUCGUGCUCAUCCGCCGCUUGCACUCCGGUGUGUUGGCUCUGCAUGUCUACCAAUACUCUAAGAUCACACUCAUCCUCAUUAGUCUGCUGGCUUGCAUUCUGGCUCUGAUUCAGACACGGGUGCUCAAGUUCCGCACUCUGCAGUCCGGUGAACGCUUCGAAUACAACCUGCUUGCCAUCGGGUUGUUUGGCUGUCUAAGCUACUUCCUCUUCUUACUCGUGCCCGCUCUAGAAUCGAUUGCCGUGACCAUGACGAACUCGGCGACUGGUCGCCCUGUGCCUGGAGAAUCCUCACGUCUCCUGCUUCCG